CACACCAUCUAGUGAAGUACACGCUACACAGUGGAUGGAUAUGGCAAAUUGGCAAUUGCCCCCAGCGAGCGGCUGGUUCAGAGAUUUGGGCCCCCUCUAAUGUCGGGCCGUUUGGGCCUUGUCAAAGGCUUCUGGGGUCUUCGAUUAGUUAGACAGCGAAACCAUACUUUGAUGAAAUGAAGAGGAGAGCCUGACGUCGAAAGAUUCCUCCGGUGUCGGAUCCCCUUCGUUCUGGCACUUCUGCCUAAGGCCCCAUCGGAUCCUCUCUCUCUCUCUCUCUCCCGACCGGUCAGAACGCGACGUCGCGAACGCUCUAUAGGCUCCUCCUUUCCGUUUGCUCGCUUUAACGACGCGCGUAGAGCAGACAGAGGGCUCGGCCACCACACACAUGGCGCCGGCUCAGAGAAGCUGCCGGGUCCUUCUUCUCAUCGCCCUCCUAACGGCCCUCCCACUACUCGCAAUUGUCGCCGCUGCUGCUGCUGGCGCCGCCACCGCCACUACUUUGGGAAACAAGGCCGCUUUGAUGUCCACCACCCAAUCUUCUCCUAUCGUCUCCCGGAUUGCCUUUGGUUCCUGCGCCAACCAAAGUGCCCCUCAGCCUAUUUGGGAUGCGAUCAAUAAAUUUGACCCUCAGCUGUUCAUCUGGUUGGGGGACAACGUGUACGGAGACAACAAACGGCCUUUUAGGAUAUUCGGCAAAGAGAGGACGAUCGGGCCGUGGAAGAACGUGCCCAGAUUCUUCCCAUCAACGGAGGAGGAACUGCAACGGAGAUACGAGAUGGCAAAGAGCAAUCCAGGAUAUGCGAAGCUGAGGGAGAAGGCUCAGGUUAUUGGCACAUGGGAUGACCAUGAUUAUGGAUUAAAUGAUGCAGGGAAAGAAUUUACUGGAAAGAAUACAAGCCAAAGGCUUCUCUUGGAUUUCUUGGAUGAAGCUGAAGAUAGUCCUCGGCGAAAACAAGCUGGUGUAUACACCUCAUAUCUAUUUGGUCCCAAAGGGAAGCAAGUAAAGCAUUAUCUAGAAGUGUUAGUGCAGGUUAUUCUUUUGGACACCAGAUAUCACAGAGACCCACUAUUCAGUGAUGGGAGUAUAUUGGGGAAUUCUCAAUGGCGGUGGUUAGAAAGGGAGCUGAAUGGUCCUGGAUCUGAGAUUACCAUUAUUGCAUCGUCUAUUCAGGUGAUAUCAAAUCUUUCUGCAACUACUGCCCCAUUAUUCUCUAUGGAGGCUUGGGGACGCUUUCCAAAGGAGAGAGAGCGUCUAUAUAAACUGAUAGAUAGUAGUAAGAGAAAUGGAAUAUUCUUUAUAAGUGGGGACGUUCACUUUGGGGAAAUUACACGCUAUGAUUGUGGAUGUCAGUAUCCUCUAUAUGACAUAACCUCGAGCGGACUUACUCAAGCUGUGGAGAAAGCUGUGCCAUCAUCAUUAGCUUUUUUUUUGAGAGUUAUAGCAUGGCUUGUACCAAGUACGAUGCGAGUUUUUGGCCCCUACUGCCGAUACCGAUCAUGCACAUAUGGUCAACCAAAUUUUGGGGCAAUUCAAGUGGAUUGGAAUUCAAUUCCACAAAGGCUUAAAAUUGAACUGAGGGAUUUGAAUGGGGAGUCUGUUGCUGGAGUAGAUUUCUUGCUUUCUGAGUUGCAAUUGGGGAAUAAGCACAUGACUAGCAAAAGAGGUUGGGGUUAUCAACAUCACUGCUCUGUUGAAACCGAUCUACCAUGGAUUCUAAGAUAUUGUCUAGCUUUUCUAUUUUUCGGUGCCGUAACUGUUGCAAUCAUGACUAUUGUCCUACUUGUGAGCGUCAUUCUAUCAGUUGGCAAUAUGUUCCUCAGAAAAUAUAAGAUCGAUUGAAUAUAUGUAUGAGAUAGUGACCAGACCGGGUCUUCUUAUAUCUAGUGUAGCCACACUCCAAUUCAAGAUGUCAAAAUUGCCUUGUUUUCAAAAUAUCCAUUUUUUCUUUAAAACCGGAUGGAUGUAUUUAUGUAUCCAUUGGAAUGAAUUCCAUCCGGCAGCUCUUUAUACUUGCAGUGAGGUAUGUAUAACCUUUCUUUUACAACUGAAAUGUCAUUUCACCUGUCUCGAUAUAAACUUGUAUAACCUGACCAAUUCAUACGGAUGUUUUAAUAAAGAAAGUUUGCACAUAGAUGAUAUUUCAACGAACAGUUGGAAAAUAUGUUUUCAUCAUGUUUGAAUGUUGAGUAUAUUGCUUAAUGUGUCCAAACUCCUCUGGGAGCCUGGAUCACAGAGUGGUUGUCUUUAGAAAUGCCAAACGUUGUCCCAAGUGGGUGAUUCAACAAGCUUGGUAUGGGCUACUAUAUACUAUGGCCUCCCUGAGCUUCUAUAUAUCUGACAAAUAUAGUAAUUGGAAAUCUAUUUCAAUAUGCAGUAGUUCUUACUGUUUCAUUGGUCGAUGUAGCACGAGAGCAUGGACAAGCAGGAAUUGAAAUUUAUGUUUAGCAGGAUUACUCGAUUGCUGUUAACAUCCGUCAGAAGCGGAAGGUUGAAAGCCUUUCUUCCUUGGCUUAUUUGUGGACUCUGGAGUUGGUUGCAACAAUGCAUGAAGGCAAUCGGCGGCAGCGGUCUCUUAUCAGAAUAUUUGUUGGCUCAUGAUUUCUGUAGCUCAUAAAGAUGAUUAAAGCUAACAUAAAUGUCUAGCUUAUGUAUGGUCAUUUAGUGAUAUCAAGUAUGUGGAAUUGAUUACUUUGGUUGAGUAGGUACUGGUAGUAUCUCCUCCUUUUUUUUGGGGGGCGCUUCUUUGUGCCUUUCUUUUUUAGAAAAACAUAAAUAUUGUGUAAGCAAUUGCUCUUACUUGUAGAGGGUCCUGUAUUCACCACUCAAAA